UACAGAGCUCUAAUGGAAGCGAGCAGCAGAGUGAUGUUGCAGGUGUUGUUGUUGGCGUUGGUGGUGCAGGUCACCCUGUCCCAGCACUGGUCAUAUGGAUGGCUACCAGGUGGCAAGAGAAGUGUGGGAGAGCUAGAGGCAACGAUCAGGAUGAUGGGUACAGGAGGAGUGGUGUCUCUUCCUGAAGAGGCGAGUGCCCAAACCCAAGAGAGAUUUAGACCAUACAAUGUAAUUAACGAUGAUUCCAGUCAUUUUGACCGAAAGAAAAGGUUCAGUAAUAAUUGAAGAGCUACCAAAAAAAGAAGAGAAACACAGACUGUAUUUGCAUCAUCAUCAACACCACUGAUGGAUCGCCUGAGUGCAGGAUUCUGACUUCAACAAAUCGCCACAUUUAUUGCAAAGAUGUCAAUUAUAUGAAUGUCUGUAACAUUUAAAUCAAUUUCAAAUUGUAAUAAAGUUUUGGAAAUCUGAUCAAUUGA